UUCCAUUACAAUUUUAUUUUUGAUCGAAACGAUACUUUAGUUUUGUGUUGUUUAAUUAAAAUGAACACAGUUUUGGAAAGUAAUAAGGGCAAAGUUAUUCCGGCUACUAAGCGUCCAGAUGGCACAUGGCGCAAAGCACGCCGAGUCAAAGACGGUUACGUGCCACAGGAAGAAGUUCCACUGUACGAAAGCAAAGGGAAACAGUUUGUUACCCAGAGACAAACUGGAGUGCCUCCCGGCAUGUGUCCACUUUUGGCAGCUGAAAUCAAAAAAGAGCGCGAGAAAAAGGAGAAGGCUAAAGUAAAAAAAGUUGAAAGGCAGUCACCUAAAAUUUUAUUGAAGCCAACAUCCCACGCUACGGAAGUGCCCAUCUGUACAACCUCCCAAAUUAACCGUGAUGCUCCAAAUGAGUCUGAAAUUUCGAAACUAACAAAUACCUUGGAUGACACCCUUACGCUGGGUGACGACGGCCUUGAGAUUGAUUUAGCCAAGCAAAUAAAAAAAUUGAGAAAAAAAAUACGCGAAAUUGAGCUAAUAGAAAGUAGAAUUAAGGCGGGCGACAUAAACAAACUUGACAAAGAUCAACUGGAAAAGGUGAAAAAGAAGCCGGAAAUUUUAAAGCAAUUAAAGAAAAUCGAAGAGAGUUCUACUGCCAUACUGAACACAUAGGUCUUUUAACUGAAUAAACUUGUGUUAAAGUUAAGUUCAACAUACCGUACAUGUCUGUUAAAUAGUUUUAAUUUGUGACAGCUAACUGCAUACAUCUGUUUUAAAAAUGUGUGUUUUCGUUUAUCUGUUCAACAUUUUGCCCGAUUAGCAAGUACGGCCUUUUUUUUAAAUUAAUUUAUAAAUAAAUACGAAACUAUGCAUAUUA